UGUCUUAAGGCAGUCAUUUAACAGAGUACAUAAUGUAUUUUGCAUGUUUCUGUUUCCCUGUAUCGAUAUGGGUGAAAUUUGUCGUGUUUCAGAAAGCAUCCUCAUUGUCGUGGCCGUGAGGUUAAUAAUGAAAAAGAAUAUUUUUGCAACACUCACAGAAAAACAUCUAAAUCAUCAGCAGUUAAACAGGUUUGAAUCUAUAAUCUGCAUGAUAAAUGCCUUCUUUUUUUGUACCAGGCUCCACCCUCGUUGAUGCUUCGACUCCACGCUAAUUCCACCCGACGUGCUCUUUGGGAUGCAAAGCUUGGUUUUCAUAGACACGUGCGCGCUUUUCCAUUACCGCUGGUCUCUUUAUUUUGUGAUGGAGGAUUUACAGGCUGCAUUGAUGUUAUUGUAUUAAGACAGUACCCUGUUCAGGUGAGGGACUAACUCGUGGCUCUUUCGUUAACCACUUAUACAACCAAAGGGCACUACCUCCGACACAAAUUCAGACAAGAAAUGUAUGUAUUUGGUUUUAAAUGUGCUAUUUGAACUUAAAACCACCGAUUUAUUUUGAAGAAAAACAUAGAGAGCCAAAAGAAAACACUGUUUUCGUUAUGGGCAGUAGCAGGGCGACAAAAAGUCAGUUUUACAGCUUACUAUGCAAUGUAAAACUUCACUUACCCAUUGCGCAAGUUAAGUUAAGAUUAGAAUUCAUCAGCCCGAUUGCGAAAGCAAAAUUCACAAGCCCAGGGCACGACUUUCUUUGCAGGCUAAAUAGCAUUCUCAGUUACAUGGUUGGCGUUUUUAUUUAAAAACUCUUUACGUUCUGAUAUGCUCUAUCCUCUUUCGUAGUGGAUGGAAAAGAUGCCAGACGGGACAAACGUUUUUCGAAAUUCUCGCCUCGAAGAGCGAGAAGCCAAAAGGUUUGAAGCCGAUCGUCAACAGCGACGUGAGAAGCUUUUUCUUCAGGUACAAGAGGAGUUUGAAAGAGAAUCAGGACAGCCAGGUUUGAUACUUUCAGUAAAAUCCGUGACCUUAUUUAACCUUCGUUUAGACCCACACCGCUUGGCGCUAACGUUCGGUUGGUCCCUUAAAGACAGUCACAUAAAUUUACUGACGAACGGAAGGCAAAAACUCUAGAAAUCUCUUUAAAGGAAGUGCCCUUUAUACGUUGGAGUGGACUGCAAUUCUAUGAAAUAACCUAAAACUGUCUUCUUUAUUCCUUAUUCAUUGGUAUAUAUGUUCACAAGCGAUGCCCAUAUCAUUGAGUUUGAAUAAAUUCGUCGCGUAACUUCCAUUGUUUAUUAUUAUUAUUGUUAUUAUUAUUAUUAUUUUGUUGUUUUUAUUUCAGACAUCGAGACACAAAGAACAACCAAAUUUCGUCGUCGAUCUUAUUCAUCCCGCGAUUUAAGACAGCUGAGUGACGGAAGGGAAAUCUACGAAGCUCUUACACGUGCGUCUGACCCCGACGCGGUAAAGGUGUGUGAGACUGACCUAUAACUACCGUGAACUUCAUUUUAUAUGGAUACUAACUGCAAGAGGGUCUUGAUUUUUAUUAGAUACUUUCUGUGUUCCCAAGCGUCUUUCUCUUUUUGAACGUGGCGGUGGAAGUGGAGGAGGGGGCGGAGGGGGGGAUUUCGUCGAAUGUAAUCGCAAACAACCCUUUCCUCUCUUUUAGGAAUGUCUCGAUGAACGCCAAGUGACCGCUCUGGAGGAAUACCAGCGCUUGAUACAGGAAAAGAAAUGCGCUGAAUUACAGAGAAAGUUUGAACUAUUUUGGCAAGAGCAGGAGGAAGAGGUAACUGGUCCUUAUUAAAUGUUGAGAUUCAUCGCACAUUUCUAAGAGACGAAAAAGGGUAUUUUUCAACGAGUUUGUCUUUAAACUCCUUUGUGAUAGGUACGUAAAUAAACUACGUACGUAAUGACAUUAAAAUGAAAAUAAACAAUAAUAAUUUUUGGUAUAAUGAUAGUUAUAAUAAUAAUAAUAAUAAUAAUAAUAAUAAUAAUAAUAACAAGUAAUAAUGAUAAUGAAAAUGAUGAUGAUGAUCAUAAUAAUAAUAAUAGUAAUAAUAAUAUUAAAUUGGUUUUCCCUCAGUGUCACUUGAAACGAAAUGUGGUCCCUCUACUGAAAGUUUGGAUUACUGACUACAGAUACCGUACAAAAGAAAGUAAGUGUUUAUUGAACUUAGAAUGAAUAUAAGGCUUUGAAGUAUUAAUUGAUUAUCAGACACCAUAAGAGUAUUUGUAAAUUUGUGACAAAAAAGCAUUCAAAUCUCACAUUACGUGAAAUACUCAAAAACAACUCGUACCAUUUUCACUGAAAUGGUCAGUAGCAGAUUCUUCCUCGCUUCAAUGUUUAAGCUACCUCUAUCAGCCUCAUAUUUAGCUGUAGAAGUGAAACGGUUAAUAUUUGUCCAAAUCACAGAUGCCAUAUUGAGUAUUUGGCGACCAAGCGAAGAGGUAAUGCAACUACUGAGUGAGGGAUCUCGACUGAGGAUAUAUCACCUUACGGCGGCUGGUGUAAGGUAAAGUAAUUUUUAAGCUUGAGCUGUGUCACGUUCCCCUUUUGGCGACUAAUCAAAAACUACCUGAAAUGAAGAAAUAGGUACCAGCAAUACAAAGACAAAAGGAUUCACGCAUGGGUAAUUGCAGAAGAUUUAUUGAAGAUUAUGACUUUUUACACUUGGGGCUUUUGAAAACUGUUCUGCCUAAGCCAUUAGGGGGGUUUGCUAAUGACAACAUCGGUGGCAAAGAGCAUGUCAAAAAAGCAAUAGGUUAAUAGGCAAAACAGUGACUCGAACUCUGCAUCAUGAUUUUUUGUAUAUUUCUUUGCCGUCACCACACGACGUCAACUUCAAUACCUUGGGAGGUAUUGACCCUGGAAAAUCCUAUCGAGCCACCUUAAAUUACCUUGUACGACGUUUUACGGAGGUCGUAACUCCACACAUGACCACGAGUUUUCGUUUGUCCUUCAAAACUUGCAUUCGGUCCCUAGGAAUUCAUUUCCAAGGAAAUUCACCUGCAUUUGACAAUUUAAGCAAAUGUAAGUGAUAUAAACCAUUAGCUCAGCAUUUCCUAUUUGGCCACGAACGGAAUAAUCGCUACUAAGUUCGUAAAAAAAUGAAUCAAUAAAAUAAAUAAAUAAUAAAACAACAACAAGUGACGUUUUGGCUGCCGUAUUCGUCGUUGCUACUAAAGCUCCCCAUUACCUCGGGAAACUGUUAUCUAUUGUAUUCAUUAUUGUACGUGACAUUUUACAGUGAAUACACACCGAACAAGUGAUACUUCUAAGUAAAUAUAUGCAUCAUGCGUACCCUCAACUUUAACUGCAUACUCAUAAUAAGUUAUGUAACUCCAUAAAUUGUCACGUACCCUCUCUUCUCAGGUGUCGACUAGGUGCCCAGGAAUUACAGGUACGUCGACAGUCGAAAAACAGUAGACGUGGCUGCAGAAAAAUCCUCAAGUAUUCAUAGUUGGCCUAACUUUCCGAAGACUAAAAUAAACUUGAUAGUCUAUUUAAGAUAUCGUAGUACUGAUAACAUGACUUUGUAGAAAUCGAAAACGUCAUUGUAUAUACUUGUGUUUUGGUUUGAAAUGUAAAGCUAGUGAUGUACAAUAUGAAGGGUAAAAGGUGCUAAUUAUCAGGCAAAUGGUUUUGCUAGGAAAGAGUCAGUUCAGUUUAGGUUUCUUUUUAAUAAUCAGUACCUUUUACACUUCACAUUGCAUUUUUCUCUUUUAAUCACAUGCAACUAAACUUUCGCAGGCAACUCCCUAUGUAAUGAACUCAAGGAACUAAAAAAUACAACAAUUUGAAAAUGAUGACAUGGAGUCAUUGAAACGUCAUUCAUUGCUAUAGCCAAUUUUUAUUCUCAAUUUCUUUUCUUAAACCUCUGUUAUUAGAAAUGCAAACCUCUCUUCGUAUUAUAGAGUUAAGAUUUUUCGUUCUCUAUUUUUCCUUUUUGUUAUUCUAAAUUGUUUUUUUUUUUGUGAAUGAGGGUUAGACGGGGGAGUCGGGGAACCUUUAGCGCCGGUCAUUUGAUUCCAUCAAUUUUUGUGUUAUUUUGAUUCAAAAGCGGUUAUAAAACGGUACUAAUAUUGGAUAUGAUUCAUUCAAGUUGACUGCAUCUAGGACGACCAGAUAUGAAGCACUACCCACUGACGCGAAUGUGACCACUAGUUACUUCGCCCGCCAGGUAUGAACUCUUUAUUUUGCCUGGGCAAACUAGUGGACGGGUCGUUUUUUUAAAGUUGAUCUUGCCUUUAACCCUUUAAGGCCAAAGAGUCAUCAGUAUGAAAUUUCUCCUUAUAAUAUCAAUGCUUUAGAAAACAGAGUGGUCAUGAGAAUUGAGUACAUGAUCAGGGGAGAUGAGUCUAAUUGAUACUUCAACAAAUUCUCCCCACUACUUUUAUUGAAAACAUAUAAGGACAACAAAUGAGAAUAACAAUUUUAAUAUUAGGGUUAAAAGGGUUAAAUCAACCAGCGACCAGCCAUCCCUGUUCACUUUAGGCGUCCUCCUCACGUAUCCGGAUAUUUUUGAAUCUGCAACUUUUUCGGCUUUCUAUCCGGUGAAUCCGGCAUACGAAUUCGCAAAUUUUUGAAUCCGCUCUCCAGAGUGGAAAUUUUUGAAUAAGCCAUGAAUCAGGAAUCGGGUGGACGGUUACUCCGGAUAUUUUUUUUCAUCCAGUGACGUAACAAGAUCGAGGCAGGUUUUUUACCGUGAAUAUUCAAGAUGGUGCGGAGCGCAAUGUUUUCGCUUCUUUACUUCUUAAACUUCAGUGUCAAGUCUUAUAACUUGUGUGCAGUUAAACUUAGCUAUUAUCACUGUACACUUCAAUUUUGCCAUGCGGUGGCGCGGACAUUCUCAGGCUUCUUUCGAUGUCGGAUGGACGAAUUGGAUGCCAAUAAAGAACUUGAAGGAGCAAACUAAUGCUUGAUGGGACAGUUUUGUCAGCCAAAACGUUUUUUUUUUUUUUGCGGAAGAAUGGUGAGAACAGUUUCGCAUUAGCCGAAGAUCACUUUUCAAACCAGCUGACGAAAUGAGAGUGAAUCCGCAUACUUGUGGACGAGAAAGUUCAAUUUGAAUACGCUGUGUGUGGACGUGGAAAUUUUUAAAUCCGGAAAGAAAAAUUUGCGGAUUAAAAAAUACCCAGAUACGUGUGGAAGGGACCUUAGAGGAGUGUCAGGCUUAUAGAGAGUUGACCGGUUGUCAUCGUUUUCCUUGCAGGCCUGUUCUUUUGAUCAGCUGCGUUGUGGUUCGUCCCAGCUGUGUUCAGAAGUGGAUAUUGUUGGAGUGGUUGUUUUCUGUACUCCCCUUUCUUGUUUUUCCAACUCAAGGUAUGCAGGCAAUCGCGGAUACAAAGUAGUCCUUGGUCAUCUCUUUAAGAGUAUGUUAUCAUUAUCAGCAACAUCAUCGUCGUUGUCGUCCUCGUCAUCAUCGCCAUAGUCAUUUUCAUCAUCACCAUCAUCGUGGUCGUCGUUAUAAUAAUCAUCAUCAUUAGAAAUAAUGUUGCAUUUAAUUUGACACUAUUAAACAAAUGUAAGUAAAAUUAUCCGGGAAGUACCGUUAAAAAAACGAACAUUAUAAGGCGUGUAUUAUUAGGUUUAAAAAGUCGAGACAGAGCCGAGAGUUUUUACGCCUGAUAAUACACAACUCCAAGCUUUUUAAACGGAUUUAAAAUCUCUGAUAUAGGUAAACUUAUUCUUGCUCUAAUAUUUAGACCUGCGCUAUUUUGGUCUAAAAAACUGGAACUAUAGUUUAGCCGUGUCUUUAUCAGAUAUAAAGACACUCAUUAAACAUUAAUUUCUUUUGUUUUUUUCUUUAUGUAUAAUUAAUGAGUUUUUCAAGUAAAGUAAAGAGGCCAUGCUGUGACGGCGUGUUAGCUAAUUCAUGUUCUUUGGAAAAUUGGUCCACCUGCUUUAAUUAGGGCAAGAUAGAGCAACGAAAGUCACCCUGCAGAGAACUAAAAAAAUGGCAUAGAGAUACGCUUACUUGCAUUGUAGCCGACGUGGUUACUAUAAUUUCCUGAAUCGAGUCAUUAAAAAACAACGACAACGGGGACUAAUGCUAUGACAACUUGUAGGUUUUGCACUUGGCAAAAAAAAAAACCUAGAAAAAAACAGGAGUAAAUAUGAUGGAACUACUCGACCAUGAACACCACUUCCACUUGAAGUUUUUACCGGUUUUGUUUUUGUGUUUUAUUCUAGUGUACAGACCGUGUAUAUAUCCGACGAUGAGAUGAAUUUAGCGGCAAUAAAGUUCUGGGGAGGACUUAAGGUAUUGACUUACAGUUCCCUCAUGUGGUGCUGUGUUUUAAAAGCUGCAGUAGAAAGAGUGUAAUCGUUAAAGUUUAUUUUUUUCUUUACUGCAAUCACGAUUCUCGCUUUAUUUACUUCGUAGCUUUAAGCUUUGUCGAAAUUCCGUAGACGUAAAAAAAAUAUAUGGUUAAAUAACUUCUCUUGAGCGAAAAUAAACUAAGUAGUUGUAAACUACCGUUCUUUUGGCAUAAUUAUGUAUGGGGGCAAUUGAAGUCAGCCUCUCUUAAAGCCCACCUCCCCCUCCUCCCACCCCUCCCCACACACCUUAUGUCCUUCCCACAAAAAAAGGUUCCCGCUUGAGGUAUAAAUAAAUAAAUAAAUAAAUAAAAAAUGCUCAGAGUCUUCUCGCUUAUACCAUGGUGUAAUUUUUCCACAGGUGGUGGCUGUUGACGAUCUCGUGAAGCCUCGCAACUUCAUCUGUUUCAGCAACCUAACGGUCAGACCAGAUGAUCGGCUUCAAUGCCCAUCCUUGUCAUUUGGUGAACUGUCGUGCCUAACUCUUAAACCACGAGAACCGCACUUGCGUGCUGCAUUGGGCAGUCUACAGCAUAAGAUACCGGUCAGUACAUUAUUCCUAUUUUCCACAGUUUAUGGAACUUCACUCUCCAUCAAUUUCAGCCUGGCUUAACCAUUGCAUUGCAUUAACUUAUGCUCUGCAAUUGAAAAUGAAUGAAUACAAAAUAAUAUACAUUCAGAAGCUGUAGGAAAUCAUUAAGCAAGUUACGUGUUGUAGAGGCCAUAUCGUUCAGCUGCCCCGUACCUCUCUACCCGCCCCUCCCCCUACAAUGUUUUUCUUCAGUAAGUUGCUCAAGGAGAGAGAUACCUUAACUCUCUAAACCGUAAUGUCCACGUGCAAAUUCUCCAGUCUGAUCUCCAUACAUUUCCUUAAAAGAUGUUGGUCACUCUUGGGACUUGAAGGCUUAAUCUACUAUUUUUUCCACCGUUUUAGGAUUUAAAUAUCUUCAUGGCCAAUGUUCAGGGGACGUUAUCGACUAUCUUACUCCCGCAACGCAUCUCUCCUUCAGCGGAUGUACAAGUUACUACCGUGCGCAUGUAUCCACAAGCAACACAAAUGUGUUCUUCCGAGAUGGAGCCAGCAAACCAUGCGACGAGGAAACCCUCUGAUGCCUUCAAUACGUCACAUCAUAACAAAAAGGUAAGCACUUCGUAAGUAUUUUACAGUAAACUUACCUUUGAAAUUUCUUUUUCUUAUGCUUUGAUUCUCUGAAGAAAAAAGUGCUAGUAAGUUGAUAAUAUAGCCAGAACUUCGGACUCGAUGCCGGUGUCAAUUCUAAAUCCUGAAUUACGAUACAGGGCCUUUUUUUUGCAAUUAGGUGGACUGACUUUCCUCGACAUGUCCUAGCAGAGGCCAUUUUACGAGCAGUUGAAGCAGGAAAAAAAAAUGGGGAUUAACAAAAAAGUACAAUCAGAACUUAGCAAUAUUAACGUCAGAAAAAAAGUGUAACUUGCAAAUGACGAUAUGUUUUACCGUUUUACAACAAAACAUGUUAGGCUCACCAUUAUGCUCGUAACCGGCUUAGAAUCUGUUAUCGUUCUGAACUUAGUUAAAUACAAAUAUUAUUCUACAAGGGUGCGCUGCACAAUAUCACCAUUUUAUGCUCAUAAGCGCGAGUAAAGUAAUCGUUUUAGUAAAAGCAUAAUCACGCUGGCAUGUUAAAAGGCCACAUUUGUGUUAUCAUACCUUCUGUAUAAAGAUCAAUAUACUAGGAAUUUACACUGCUCGACAACUAAAGACACCGCCCAUGUUGUUUAAAAAAAGAAUUUAAACACUAGUUACCACCGUUUUCGUUGAUACGCGACUUUCGAAAACAAAACACCCGCGGAAACGUUUCCAAAAUUUCCGUCAAUCAUGCAUGUUAUCGACAGAUCGGAUCGAAAUCCACCAAUCACAGCCCUCUAGCAUGACGUAAAGAAGGUCAGAAGGUCACACUAGUGGUUGUGAUUGGUGGAUUUCGAUCCGAUCUGUCGAUAACAUGCAUGAUUGAUGGAAAUUUUGGAAACGUUUCCGCGGGUGUUUUGUUUUCGAAAGUCGCGUAUCAACGAAAACGGUGGUAAAAAUCACCGAAGUUGUUGUGAAUCUGGAUGUUCACUUGGUGAAGUAAAACUGUGGCGGAAAAUGAUUCCCGUGGUCGCCAUGUACAGAAUGCUAUAGAGCUAUGCCUGCCAUGUUGUUUGAUGUCGCGAUACUGGUUGGGCUGUACAAGAACAGAAGCUUGAGAUAUACAACUGGAUUUCCAGCCUGUAAAGCUAGUGACUUGAAGAUGAUCUUUGUCGGUUAAAUGACUCAAGCUGGUCUUUGUCGGCUAAAUAGGCUGCAAUUAUAUUUUGACGAGUGGCUUCACGAUCGUGAAUAAAUGUAAACACCUCAAAGUUAUAGCUCUCUCUUCGACGAGUUUAAAACUCUGUUGCGUUGAGUGAAUCAAAAUGAGGAAAUUAAAUAUCCCUAGUCCAGUUUUUAUCAGGGUAUAUCAAACUACCUCCAAAAUUACUUACCCAGAAUCUCCCUCCAGGAAAAUUGCUCAAGUGCCAAUGCUGAAGAAAGUUCCUUAGCUCAUUUUCGGCAACCAAGAUUCACAGAGCCUUUAUCUUUGUCUGUUACCAACACCACAUCAAACGCCAAGUCGAGGCAAGCGAAGCGGAAGUUAUUGGACAGCAUCCCUGAGCCACCGCCCCUCUCUCCCCUCCCCAGUUCCAUCCCAGCCAGUGUUAGAAGAGAGUUCAAAAGACCAGGGCAAGUUGGAAAGCGAGGUACUUUGGGGAUUGAACAGUGA